CAUGCCAACCGCCGCCGCCGCCGCGCCGCCUCCCCCUCCGGCCGCUGUCAAGAAGAAGCAAAAUUAUGCUAGUGUUCACGAGGCAGUGAAAGCCGGUGAUGUAGAACAGCUUGCGUCAAUGAUAAAAAGUGGAGCUGGUAUUAACAAAGUGGAUAUAGUCCAUAAGUUCACACCUUUGCACUGUGCUGCACACUCUGGAAGUCUGGAGUGUCUUCACUGGUUGCUCUGGCAUGGAGCUGAUAUAACACAAGUAACUGUCAGAGGCUGGACAGCAGCUCAUCUUGCAGCUAUCCGAGGUCAGGAUGCUUGCAUGCAAGCUCUGUUAUUAAAUGGAGCAAACCUAGAAGCUCAGGAUGAUCGUGGGUGCACUCCAUCACACUUAGCUGCAGCCCAUGGGCAGUCUUACACUUUACAAACUAUACUACGAAGUGGAGUGAAUGCAAAUGUUUCAGACAGGAAUGACUGGAAACCUGUUCAUUAUGCUGCUUUUCAUGGUCGCUUGGGGUGUUUGCAGCUUCUUGUUAGAUGGGGAGCAAGUAUAGAUGAUGUGGAUAACAACGGAAAUCUUCCAGCUCAUCUGGCAGCAAUGGAAGGACAUCUGCAUUGCUUUAAGUUCUUGGUCAGCAAAAUGACCAAUGUUCGGUACACUCUGAAAGCCAGGAAUGACCAUGGAGAGACUCCGAGGGACUUGGCUGAACGGUUCUAUAAAGACAAUAUUUUACAAUAUAUUGAUGGUAUUGAAAAACAGGGGGAGCAUCCAGAGACAAAGGAAAUUUUAGCUUUCCCAGCCCAUGGUGCUGCUUUCAAAGGGGACCUCGUAACACUUAGAAAAUUAGUGAAAAGUGGAAUAAUCAAUAUUAAUGAGCGGGAUGAUACAGGAUCCACUCUCAUGCACAAAGCUGCUGGACAAGGGCACCUCCAUUGCUUACAGUGGUUGAUUGAGAUGGGAGCUGACUGUGACAUUACGAAUGAAGCUGGAGAGACCCCAAAAGAUGUAGCCAAGAGAUUUGCCCAGCUGGCGGCUGUGGAACUUUUGACACAAAGAACUGGAGAUGGUAAUUCUGAUGACGAAGAACUAGAUGCAAACAAUAUGAAGUUUUUUGAAAGACAUGGUGUGGAAGGGAGUACAGAUAGCAAGGAAGAUUUAACCCUGGAUAAAGCAGAGAAAACAAAUGCACGCAUAAGGGCCUAUCGCAAGAUUCAGGAACUUCGGCAACUUCUAGAAAUUGCCUACAGCAACUACAGACAGCUGGGAGGAAUAACUGAGGAGGAAAGGAGAACGAAAAAAGAAGAAAGGGAAAUUGAGAAGACUGUGAAGGAGCUGGAGGCCCAGCUAGAAUAUGAGCGAGUCAGGCGGGAGAAACUGGAGAGCCAGCUGGAUGACUACCGCGCUGAGAUAGGCCACCUCAGAAAGAGCCUGGAGAAAACCCCCACCUCCCCUGCUCUCCCUCCGGAAACUGAAGCAACAUCUGAUUCUUGCAAAGAGAAAAAGAAAAUAAAGAAGAAGCCAUCCCGCAGCCCUGGAGGGGUGUUUGUGAAGCGAUGCUGAAGAAUGAACCUUGUAAGUAGGGCAGGCAGGCAGGCUUAGAGAAAGAUGUCGAUGCAGGAAGGCAGUUGUGUCCAAAACAGCGAAGCUGGGGAAUAUUAGACAGUUUUGUCUUACUGCACAACAGCCAGUCCAGGUUCAUCUUCUAAUCAUCUCCCAAGUCCUUCCAAACAGAAGUCACCAGAGGCAGAAAAGCUGUUACAUAACUGCCAGGAAGUAGAACAACAAUAUUCAAGACAGUGCAAAGUGUCUGCAUAGCCUCGGUUCUACAGAUGAGUUGUGGUUUCGUAUCUUUCGGUUUUAGUGAAUUUUUUCAGUGAACUUCCUAGUUCUCAGGGAUAGAAAAUAUCUUUAAAUCACAGAAGCAUUUUUCUAAAAAGCUGUAAGACUUCUUUUCCUAUCUCAGUAGCUGUUUAGCAACAACUUUGCAAAUUAUAAACAACAAUUGAAGAGUUAACUGCAGAGAUGUCAUAGGCCCUACUGGGCCUGAGAAGAGUAUUCCAAUCUGCUAGGCUAUUUUGUACUAUUGUCUUACAAAACAGCACCUUACUUCCUAAAAUAGAUUGGACAGACACUGAAUCUUGCUUGCACACUAAGGAUCUGGAGAAGAGUAUUUGCUCGACUGCAGACUGGUGCCAAGCCUUGCUUUUCAUGGAGUUAUUCCUAAGCAAGUGAGAAAGGUACCCCUUCACAACGUACCACAUGAACUGUACUGCUGGGCCUCCGGGUCUACCUCAGGGCUGAAGGUUUCACUAGGUUAUGGGGCAUGUUAAAGUUAGAACUAGCAAGCCUGACCUCCAUGCCCCAAAAACUUUUCAUGACUUUACACAUAAUACUCUUCUUCCAUUAGUAUGCUAUUGUGAAAUUUCUUUUUUUAUAUUGGAACCUUCAUCAUUCAUAAUAUUGAGACAGUCUUGAUUUCAGUAAUAAGUCAGGUCAAUAAUAUAAGACUUUCAUAAAAAUUAACUCACUAGUGCUUGAAUCAUGAUCAGUCCUCUCAAUUACUUAAAGGAAAAUUAAUCUCUGAAUUUCAAAGUUAAUGGAAAAAGUAAAUCUGAUUGUUUUUAUGCACAUGUGCUAUAACAGACUGGGAGAGAGGCAAGCUGAGGAAUAGCCUUGUAUCAGAGCUAAAAAGGAGAAAUCCAGUCUCUAGCACCUACUUAUGGGUGUGUGUGGGGGGAGGUAAGGGGAAGGGAAAGGCGAGAGCUGGAGUAGAUCAGAGAUUUCCUACAUCACUGCUGGUGUUAAAAUCUCAUGUAGGAACAGCACAAAUGAUCAACCUGAAUCUUCCUGAGCACUUCCAGAAUGGGUAGUUUACUAUAAGAUGAAUCUGUCUACACGACAGUUACAGCAGACAUCAGCAACGGCCUGAAGUCUUGGCUGGUAGCACUCCCAUACCCAUUUGAGAAAUACACAGACACUGUAAAAAGCAGACUCAACCCUCAAUAGAGUAGUGCUGUGCCUAUUAUAAAAAUCUCGUUUUUACAGACUGGUAAUCUGAAUUCAAGUUUCUCAGACAACAAAUGUAACAAAUUCAUUUUAUUUUCUUAAAUAAAAAUGUUUAAAUACAUAAUCUCAUGCACAGAAUACAAGAAUUUGCAAGGUACCAGCAAAUUCAAUAUAGAGAGAAUAAAACUGCUAUAGAAAAAAAAUUGUCACUAUCCAAAUUUUUAUACUCUCUAGCCCAUUAAGGCCUACUCUUACUUAAAAGUUUAAUCCAGGAAGAACUUGAAUUUAAUUAAAGACUUAAACUAAGCGUAGGCAUUUGUACUCAGCAAAGUGUGAGUGCUUCAGUUUUGAAAGAUAUCCCCCAUUAUGUUCCAUCUUGGCAAUCAAAGUCAUAAAGUACUUGCAGAAGGUAGGGGGAUCAUGAUCAGGUUAGUUUAGAAGUCAGUGUGUCCCAUUCUUUUCCAUGGGAUUACAGAACACUCCAGAGAAGUGGGGAGACAGGGAGGAGAAGGACCACCACCACACUAGCAACUUUAUUUGAGAUGCUGAAUAUAGUCACAUUAGAAGUUAGAUCCUAUACUCAGAAGAUACAGGAGGGUUUAUUGGAAACACCCUGUAUUACCUGAAGGGAGGAGUUAUGAACAUUUUUCUGCCCAAGGCUCUACACUGUGAGAGCAUCUCCCUUUGGAAAGAAUAGUUCCCCUUAUUCUGUUGGCCUCUGAAGGUAUGGGUAAAAGGUAUUAAAAAAAUGUAUGGGGACAUCUUAGUUUUAAAUGAGAUUUUAUAUCUAUGUAAACCACUUUUGAAGAAAGAGAAAUCUUCAGGAAAAGCCUGGGAGUGUGUGUUUAUAUUUAUUACCAAUGGGCCAUGCUUCAAUCCAUCAGAAAAGAGCAACAGAUUGAAGAAACAUCCAGCCCCUAUUUUUAAAAUUAGGGUACUCUGCUUGGAUCAGAGUAGAUCUGCUGCAAUCUGGCAUUAGUAUUCCCAUAUUUUCAUAGGCAUAUCAAAUGUUUACUGUUUCCCUUUUGAGAGGAGCUGAGGGCAUAGAGAAUGUUCUGAAAGACAAAACAAAAUUAAUUCUGAAACUUCUUAGGAAACACUUUCUGACUUAAUGUAGAAAGUCCACUGAGGUAAAUAAAUUAUUGAAUAAGGGACAAAGAAUAAUCACUGUGUAUUUACUUACCCUCCUCCUACAAAUAUUUUGAUCUUUGGUGUUAACUAUUCAGAAAACUUUUUAUGUACAACAAGAAUAUAUAUAAAAAAAAGGGUACCAAGAU